AUUUUCUGCCUGCUGGGUCUUAGGAAAUUUUAUUGCUGCAAAUCUUCAUAUCUUACCCACCUACUCUACUCGCAGUUUACUCUGCCACAUUUCGCAAACCGACUAUGGCUACGGCGGUUGUCCUCAAAGAGAGCGACAUUGAGAGGCUGCUGCAGGAAGCUGAAGCCAGGUUGUCUGCUAAGCAAGAUGGCCACAACACCAAGAGCUUGACUGUGCCUGCAAAGCUGGAUAUACAGAAGCAAGACAAGGAGGCAAUAACGGCCAGCACUUAUCGGACCAAGUCAAACAACGCAGAUGAACUCUCCGUGCGCCAACCUAAACUCAGACUGAGCAACAAAGCUUUUGCCGAGACAACCAAACAAACUGCCAAGCAGUGGUUCGAUCUCCCAAAAACAGACAUGUACGUAAAGGAAACAACCUGCACCUCCGAAGGCUUUGGCUUUGGGAGAAGGUUUACGGGGAAGUGACUGACUGAAAUAUUUCAAUACAGGACUCCAGAGAUGAUCAGGGAUCUAAAGUUGCUCAAGAUGCGCAGCACACUGAACAACAAGAUCUUUUAUAAGAAAGACAACAGGGCAGCCGUACCCGAGUUCAGUCAUGUUGGAACUAUCGUCGCCGGACCUACCGAGUU